GUUGUGAGGUUCUCAUUGGUUUUGUUGAAAUCGCCCAACUGGAAAAAAAUAUUGGGAAACAAACAUCAAACUCCUUUUUUGAUAUUUAUCCACAAAAAGUAAACUUCCGAACGGAAAAGGAGCUUUAAUAAUAUCUUUGAUAUCUUAAUUAAAGUAAAAAUAGUCUACUUUGUGUGAAAUAUUGGAUCAAGUCAUAAUAAAAUCGAAGUGUUAAGAAAGUGUCUUGAAACCAAGCAGCAACAGAACAAGUCAAGAUGUCGAAUCUUGUUGAGAGCCUUCAGACGUGCAUGUGGUUUGAUGUUAACGUCAUUUCACGUCGAAAUCUUUUAUCAGCUGUGGUAUCGUCAAUAAUGUUUUUCGGUGCUUGGUGGAUUAUCAUCGCAAUCGCUGCAACAGCUGAUAAAGAUGAAACUCCUUCAUUCAGUUACUACAUUUGUGGCAUACUCGGCACACUUUCUUUAAUCAUGGUGAAUACCGUGAGUAAUGAAAUGCUUAAUGGCACCGGCUAUGAAGGUGGAAUCUGUUCGACCCACGGUGUUAAAAUCUGGCUAUUUACUGGAUUCGUCCUUGGUUUUGCGUCCGUCAUUGCAAGCGUGUGGCUUCUUGUCUCUGAAUUUACUGAUAAACUUCACAUCCAAGGCAUUGGAAUUGUCUUACAAAACUUUUUCAUACUUUUUGCAUCAUUAAUUUAUAAGUUUGGAAGGAAUGAAGAAGGAACAUUCGGUGGAUUUUAAAAUCCAUUAAAUAAUAGAAAUACCAUUGUAAUCUCUCGGAAAGUCUCGUGAACUUUGACUUUCAAAAGUGAAUUAAAAAAUCAAGUUCACGACCAAAAAUGAUGUUCCGCUGCUGAUCGCUGACAAAAUAACUUCAGCUUCAUAAUUUAACCUUUUCUACAUGAAAAAUCCUUCUUUGAAAUCAUUCUAGUGCUUAAUCCCUAUUAAAAUAAAUGAAAGUUGAUAUCCAGAACAAUUUUUCUGGACGAGAGAAUAAAAUUAAUUCAUUUGAAAAUGAACAAGAAAAAGAGAAUAAACAUUUUUAUUUAAAACAUUUUAAAAAAUAUUAAAAUAAAAUAAAUUAGAUGGAAUGUGAAAAGAUAA